AUGGAAGCUGGAAAGGUGUUAGAUGUUCUCUAUACUUUUCCUGUCGAGGGAAUACUGAACAAGCUGGCUUCACUUGCUGCUCAAGAAAUAAGCCUGUUCCGGGGAUUCAAAAAGGAACUAACAAAGCUUCGUCAAUCAUUACUCGAGAUUCAAGAUUUCUUAGGCGAUGUUGCCCACCAGCCACAAGAACGGGGCAAGGCAUUGAAGGACUGGGUGAGAAAACUGAAAGACAUAGCUGAUGAUGCUGACAAUGUCUUGGAUGAAGUCAACUAUGAAGAUCUUCGCAGGCAAGCAGAACUGUCAAACCAAAAGAGGAAAAAGGUACGCAACUUCCUUUCCAGCUCCAAUCCCCAUUUGUUUCGUCAAAAAAUGGCACAUAAAAUCAAGAGCAUCAACGCAUCUUUGUUGGAUCUCAAAUAUGAGGCAUCUUUCAUUGGACUAGUUUCCAAGAAAAUAGAUACAACCCCUCCAGAAAUUGGAGGGGCCAGAGAAACCGACUCAAUCUUUGAGGAAGAUGAAAUCGUCGUUGGAAGGAAUGAGGAUCUGUCAAAGAUAAUUACAAUCUUGACAAACUCCAACUUGGAUCAAGAAAAUCUUUCAGUAAUGCCCAUUGUCGGAAUGGCAGGCCUGGGGAAGACAACUGUGGCUAGGUCACUAUUCAAUAAAGAUUCUAUUUGUGGACAUUUUGAGAAGAAAAUAUGGGUGUGUGUAUCUAACACUCUUGAGGUCAAUUCGAUUUUAAGUUGGAUAUUAGAAUAUCUUAACCCAACAAAGGCUGGGAUACAACGCCUAGAUGCAUUGCUUAAAAACCUAGUACAAGAAUUGGAAAAAAAGAGAUAUUUUCUCGUGCUCGAUGAUGUGUGGAACGAAGAUCCUCAAAAAUGGAGCAAUUUGAUGACUUGUUUGUCAAAACUUCAUAGUGCCCAGGGAAGCGUUGUUAUUGUCACUACGCGCAGUGCCAGUGUUGCAUCAAUCACGAAAAAAGUACUUCCAAUGUAUGUUUUGAGAAGUCUAUCUGUUGAUGAUUGUUGGGACAUAUUGAAGAAAAGAGCAUUUCCAGAUGGUAAUGCUCCUAUUGCAAAAGAUCUAGAAACAAUUGGAAGGGAGAUUGCCAGGAAGUGUGCUGGUAUACCUUUAACGGCAAAGUGUUUUGCAUAUUGCUCAAAUUUCAAGAAAGAUUUUGAAAUGGAAAGGGCAGACUUGAUCCAGCUAUGGAUGGCUCAAGGAUUUCUAUGUUCUUCUCAUAACAAAGAUAUGGAGGAUAUAGGUGAUGAAUAUUUUACGAUUCUGUUGCAAAACUCCCUCUUUCAAGAUGUUAUAAGGGAUGACUUUGGUACUAUUAUCUAUUGCAAGAUGCACGAUCUUGUACAUGAUCUUGCUGAGCUUGUAUCAAGAUCUGAAAUGGAAGAUAAACUUGAGAAUCAACACGUGACAUGGGAUCCUUCCAAAUGUUCCAAAAGAAAUGUUGAGAAACGGCAGUCACUGUUUGUGAAUGGUGAUCAAGCCAUUAGUAAUAAUACAUUACUCAUAAGCUUUAAAGCUUUGCGUGUUUUAAAUUUGUACAGGGCUGAUAUUGAGGAGCUGCCGAGUUCAAUUGGCGUCUUGAUACAUUUGAGGUAUUUGAACGUUUCUCGAACAAAAAUCAAAGAACUCCCUAAGUCUAUUGGCAAGCUUUAUAACCUACAGACGUUAAGAAUGGAGGAUACAUGGAAUCUUAAAACGGUUCCAAAGGAAAUGGAAAAUUUGAUCAACUUGAGGCAUGUUUAUUUUAAUUAUGAUAUGCCAGUUCCAUUUGGGAUGGGACGAUUUGAACAUCUGCAAACAAUUUCUCCUUCGUUUACUUUGGACAAGGAAAGUAAUCGUGGAAUUGACGAGCUAGGUGGCUUAAACCAACUAAAAGGUGCACUAAUUAUUAGAGUGUCAGAAAAGAGAAAGACAUUGAUGUACUAG